UCUCCCCUUUCCUCCAGAUCAUGCCUCAACCAACCUUCGCACAGCCAGCUAGAGCUCGGUCCCGAUUGGAUCGAGGCCCUUCCUCCUCCCUCGUCUCAGCAUGAGCCCGAGCCUUCGCCUCGUGCCACGUCACCGCCGGCAAGCUUCACCGGAGAUGAGCACCGACGCCCCUUCUUCUCCUUCCCAUGCUCCUCCCGUGUUCCUCUCUGAACCCUUUGCUUUCUGCCCAUCUGCUGCAGGAGCAGCUACGCCCUGGCCAGGAGCAUGCCAGGCGCCAUGGCCGCCGAAGGAACUCCGCCGCCUCGCCGAAUCCACGCCUCCACCUAUCCCCUGCGUCAAGGUCGCCACCCCUGCCGGACCUGCAGGACGCCAAGUCCAACGCCAUGGGCGCCUCCUUUGCCCGACCCCGCCUCUGUCUCGACUUCACCGUGCUCCUCCUCUGCCCCGAGCCUCUGCCGCGACCAGCACCCGACCAGCAAGUCGCCAGCGCGCCCGAUGCCUCCUCCUCGCGUAUGCCCGGCCGCGCCACCGGAGCCCUGCAGGAGCACCAGCCGGCGCCACCAUCAUCGGAGAUGGGCUCCCCCCGGCCGGAUCCGACACCCUGGAGACCCGCGCCCCCGCCGGACCUCCUUCUUCCGCGCCAAGUCCGCCCAUCCCCUAUUUUGCCUCGGCUUCGGCCAAGGAGGACGAGCAGCGCUGCUGCCUGCUCGAUCCGCCCGCAUGCGCGCCUCACGUGUUGACCGCUUCCACUCCACGCGCUUGGGCCUCAUCCACAACCGCGCCAGCCCAGCGAGCCCCUCCUGCUACCUCUCCACGGUGCUGGGCAAGG